UCUUCUCCUUCGUCGUCCUUCGCUGCCUUACCACCGCCGGCAAGAAGAGCUUUCCCCUACGAUAACAAUGUGGGGCCUAUUCAACGAAACCAUUCUGAUUCCAUUUUGCUUCCUUCUCACCCUAUCGAUUUCUGUGAGGGCCGACCCUCAAACCAAACUCCUCAACCUCGGCUGCAGCAACUACAACGCAACCAAUCCCUCCCUCUUUAUCACCAAUCUCAACGCUACCAUCUCCGAUCUCUUAUCCCAUAUCUCUGCAUCAGAUGGUGGCGGAGCUCUCUUCGCGACGGCGGGGAACGCUCGCUCGGUAACGCCGGUGUACGCCCUUGCUUUCUGCCGGGGUUACCUAUCCCGCGGUGACUGUCUCGGUUGUUUAACCUCGGCGGCGGCACGCUUGCGGGCCUGCGGUUCGGGUACCGGCGGCCGUGUCAUCUACGAUGGCUGCAAUCUGCGCUACGAGAGCGCGCCCUUCUUCGAGCAGGGCACGUUACCUGGAAACGCACCGGUCUGCGUCAACGGAACUGCUUCAGCUGGCGGUUUUACCUCCGUCGCGGAAGGGUUGCUACAAGAUAUGAGUUCGGCCACUCCAAACAUCGCGGGGUACUUCGUCGAUGAGGUUAGGGGAGGAGUCUAUGCGGUGGCGCAGUGUGCGCCUACGGUGAGCAAGCUGGUCUGCUCGGAUUGCCUGCAGGUGGCUUUCAACAACAUAAAAGGGUGCUUGCCGUCAUGGGAAGGGCGGGCCAUAGAUGCUGGUUGCUUCAUGAGGUAUUCAGGGGAGGCCUUUUUCUCCGCAAACAAUACGGUGGAUCUUUCGGCGUACUUGAGCUCCGGGCAUAAGAGGAAGAAGAAUACCUCUAUUAUCAUCGGAGUGGCUGUAGUUUGCGCGCUGGUGUUUCUGACUCUUCUUCUGGUUCUGGUCUGGGUAAGAAGAAGGAAAAGGCCCCAAGAAAGUUGGAGAGCAGAUAUAUUGGGGGCAACAGAGCUUCGAGGUCCUAUGAAUUUUCAUUACCGUGAUCUGAAAUCUGCAACAAAUAAUUUUAGCAAAGAAUGCAAAUUAGGAGAAGGAGGAUUUGGUCAAGUGUACAAGGGCACACUGAAGAAUGGCAAAAUAAUUGCUGUGAAGAAGUUAGCAAUGACUCAAUCAAAGAAUGUGAAAUCAAGCUUCCUGAGUGAAGUGAAGCUUAUAAGUAAUGUUCAUCAUCAGAAUUUACUUCGAUUGCUUGGAUGUUCUACCAAAAGCGAUGAGCUGUUACUUGUUUAUGAAUACAUGGCAAAUGGCAGUCUUGAUAAGUUCUUAUAUGGCGAAAUGAGUGGAAUGCUCAACUGGAAACAGAGAUUUGAUAUAGUUGUUGGCAUGGCCAGAGGACUUGCGUAUCUGCAUCAUGAAUUUCAUGUCUGCAUCAUUCAUCGUGACAUAAAAUCUAGCAAUGUACUCCUUGAUGACAAUUUCAGGCCAAAGAUUGCAGAUUUUGGGCUUGCAAGGCUUAUGCCUGGAGAUCAGAGUCAUCUCAGCACCUAUUUUGCUGGAACAUUGGGAUACAUAGCACCUGAGUAUGUUAUUCAUGGUGACUUGACUGAGAAAGUUGAUGCGUACAGCUUUGGUAUUGUUGUCCUAGAAAUUAUAAGUGGACAGAGGAGCUGUGAUUCAAAGCUUGAACAUGUACCUCAGCAUCUUCUUGAAUUGGCCUGGAAACUGUACGAACAUGAUAAUUUGCCCAAUUUGAUUGACAAAUCCUUGGAUCCUAAUGAAUAUGAUCUUGAAGAAGUGGUGAGAGUCAUUACAAUAGCUCUACUUUGCACCCAAACAGUCUCAUUAAGGCCAACAAUGUCUGAAGUUGUGGUGUUACUCCUGAGCCAACAUUCUCUUCACCUCAGUCUCUCAAGGCCUGCUUUCAUAGAAAGCCCUGGCAAGGUUCGCGACGCCGUAAUCAGCUACACUGGAUCAUCUUCUGCAGAUCCUACAACCAUUUUAAUGCCCAAAUUUUCAGCUCGGUGAAGCGAACAAGUUGUGCCUCUCUUGAUUUAGCUGGAUCAAAGCAUUCUAUUCAUGGUCGAAAUUUAUGCAGAAGGUAAUACCUGUAAAUUCAUAGUAAGGAUAUGUUGUAUGUAAUUGCAAAUA